ACACAUGCACACGCACACGCACACACACACAACUCAGACCAGCUUAUCACCCACCUGGGCUUUAGUCACCAACCUGAAUGUUUCCUUCCAAGGGAAGGAGACAUUCUACAAGGUCACAGACAUGUUCUCAAAGCUGGAGACUGAGCAGUAAGAGGCCUCGUUGGAAAGUUUGCAGUGUGCCUCCACCCCUCAUCUUGCCUGUCGACCUUUAGGUCAUUGAAGGUCCCUGAUGGCGGGCAGCGUCUGGGCAGCCCUGGGACUCUCCUUAGCUUGCAUCUCGGCCCUUAGCCUCAUCUCUCCUGCCUGGUUCCAGUCCCACACCUUCUCCUUUGGCAUCCUUACCUACUGCUCCUGGCCUCGGGGUGACAGCUGGAAUCAGAGCUGUGGGACCUUCAGGUCCCUGGACGAUAUUCCUGACUUUGCCUGGAAGGUCUCAGCUGCAAUUCUCCUUGGAGGAUGGCUCUUGUUGGCCUUUAAUGCAGUUCUCCUCCUAUCUUGGGCCCUGGCCCCCAAAGGGCUGUGUCCCAGAAGGGGCAGUGGCCCAAUGCCAGGGGUGCAGGCAGUUGCAGCCACCUCUAUCACUGUGGGCCUGCUGGUUUUCCCCAUCAGCCUGGCCUCCCCAUUCGCCAAGGAAGCUUGUGGAGCCUCCUCUGUGUACCAUGGUGGGCAGUGCCAGCUGGGCUGGGGCUAUGUGACUGCCAUCCUCAGUGCAGUCCUAGCCAGCUUCCUGCCUAUGAUUGGAUGGCCCCGAAUGACCAAGGUCCAGGGAAAGAUCAUCCUCUUCUCGGGUGACACUGAGAAGAUCAUCCUCAUGCCAGAAAUGAGCAAAUAAAAAUAUCCCAGGAGAAGCAAAAAGGGUCCACUUUACAGUGGUAUGAAAUCUCUAUAAAUCCACAUUCAAACGUCACCUCUGCAUCUUCUGUGCUGUGUGACCUCGGGCAAAUCACUUCAUCUCUCUGGACCACCAUGGAAGCCAUAAAAUGGGAGGAGGAGGAGGGGUGUGUGUGUAAGAUAAUGCCUCCUUCAUAGAGUUGUUAUGGGAAUUAACUUGAGAUGCUCUGUGUAAAUAAAGCACUUA